ACCUCAUGGCGGCGCCGCUCCCCAAGUGCCUCACUUUCUGGCAGCUCAUCCCGCUAGGAGUGGGGUCCACCAUAGGGGCGGGGGUCUACGUGCUCAUAGGCACAGUGGCCCGAGAGAAGGCAGGGCCAGCGCUGCCGCUCUCCUUCCUCAUUGCAGGGGUAGCGGCGGGUCUCGCCGCUCUCUGCUACGCCGAGCUGGCCAGCCGCUGCCCGUCCGCUGGGAGUGCGUAUCACUACGCGUACACGACUGUGGGGGAAGUGGUGGCGUGGCUGAUUGGCUGGGCGCUGAUUCUGGAGUAUUCUGUCGGUGGAGCGGCGGUGGCCCGUGGCAUCUCACCCAACCUGGCAACGGCGCUCGGAGGGGCGGACAACGUGCCCUUCAUCCUUGCUCGACUGCCCAUCCCAGGCACCACCAUGGUCCUGGAUCCUUGCGCUGCCCUCAUGGUGGCGCUGGUCACUGCGCUGCUGUCUGCUGGCAUUAAGGAGAGUGCCAAUUUCCAGCUGGGGAUGACUGUAGCGAACGUGAUAAUACUGGUGUUUGUGGCGGUGGCGGGGGCAUGGAUAGGAUUUACCCACGGGUGGCCAGGGUACAAGGACUCACCAAGCUACCUGCCGUUUGGCGUGUCUGGGUUGCUGGGAGGAGCUGCCAUGGCUUUCUUCUCUUAUAUCGGAUUUGACACUGUAGCGAGUACAGCUGAGGAGGUGAAGCACCCUCAGCGCGACCUGCCUCUAGGGAUCGGGCUGUCGCUGACAUGCUGUGGCGCGCUGUACAUGGUACUGGCGGCGGUGCUGGUGGGGUUGACUCCGUUUGACCGCAUUGACCCCGACACCCCCAUGGCGCAGGCGUUCCACACGUACCACCUGCACUGGGCCAAGUACCUUGUCACGGGGGGGGCACUGGCAGCUCUGUCCACCACACUGCUCGGGUCACUGCUGCCUCAGCCGCGCAUUCUCAUGGUGAUGGCCCGGGACGGGCUACUCCCGGGGUGGUUUGGCCGCAUCGACAAAGGGACGGGGGUGCCGCUGAACGCGACAGCUGUCACGGGGCUAUUGGCUGCUGGCAUGGCGUUCGUGCUGGACAUAGGGCAGCUGUCAGGGAUGGUCAGCCAGGCCUCACUGUAAUCACACCGUGUACAGUCACCGCUACAUCCGCUGCUAUACCUGCUACAGCUGCUACAGCUCCUGCUACAUCCCACAGGCGUCUGGCCUCUCGGGCCAUCGUUGCUGUCUCCCUGGGCGCCCCACUCCUUGCCGCUGCCGCCGCUGCUGCCUCUGCUGGGCUCUCCUCCACACACUGGCUGCCUCUCCUCCUGUUCGCUCUGGGCGGCGCACUGUUUCUCGGUGGGGCGGCAACUCUUGGAUUUAUCAACGAGGACGAAGGAAGGCACCAGUUUGGAUCAGCAGGAGGAUUUCACUGCCCCUUGGUGCCGUGGCUUCCCCUCGCCAGCAUCCUCAUCAACGUGUAUCUCAUGGCGAACCUGGGGGCUUGUGCUUGGCGCUGGGAUCAUGUCCCACUCUUCCCAUGGCUCUUGAGUCGACUCAAAAGCGCCACCACGUGGCUCUACUCCUCCUCAUGGCUCGCCAUAGGCGCCGUCAUCUACCUCGUCUACGGCAUUCACCACAGCGCCCUAGGCCGGGCGCAUGCCCCGGGCCCUCGCGUUCUGGACGCGUCCAAGAGGACUGCCAGCUGGUGGAAUCUGGGCACUCCGUUUGAGGAGUGGGUGGUGAAGCAGACGCACAGACAGACGCAGAGACAGGCAGAUACACAGGCGAGGCAGCUACGGGAGCAAGGCAUUUGAGCGAGCAGACAGGACAGGCAGACAGACGCAGAGACAGGCAGAUACACAGGCGAGGCAGCUAUGGGAGCAAGGCGUGUGAUGUGAUGUGAGCAGGCAGAACUGCUAGCUGGUAGCACCUUGGGAAGCCGUAUGAGGAGUGGGUGGGGAGAGGCAGGCCCACAGACAGACACUGCUGACGCAAGGCCAAGGCGUGUGGUGUAGGCCAGUCGAGCAAACUCGUCUCAAUCAGUAGUUUGGCAUGGCUGCAUUUUUGUAAAUAUUGCUACGCUAUGGCAUGCUUGUACCGCACACAGGA